AGCAGGCCUGUUUCAGUUUGUUUCGAUUUACAUACAUACAUAGAUAAAAUUUAUUGGGUUGUUUUUUAUUGUUUUUCAAAAUGCAGAACCCCAUUUGCGAGCCGUUUACAAGUUGGCCAAUGAAGUUCGACAUUAACCAACUGAUAAAGGAGUUCCAACCGGAGGAGAAGGAAGGCGUGGUGGACAAGGAUAAGUCGCCACGGGACUUUGUCAAUCUUCCCGACAACAAUUGGGUGGUCCUGCCCAGUUUUAAGUACCAGUUUGAGCAUCUAACUCCCUAUCUCUCCACUCGCCUCAACAAAUAUAUGCGAUGUCGCUUUCGGAGGUUUCUGGACAAUGUUCCGAGCAACUACGUAACCAUCUCCCUGUACGGCUCUAAUAUUAGCAACAUGCCCAAGCCAAGACGAAAGAGUCUGAAUGGUCAGUUUUAUGGAGUAGAUAACAAACUGGCCCCAGUUCCUGCCGUUGCCGAUCCCCGAUCUCCCCCGCAUAGAAAAUAAUAGUAUUUACCACUUGUAUUUCAUACUCAAGUGGAAAAUCAGGCCAAAAUUUCAGAUACAAAAAAUCAAUUUCUGAAUUAAGCUUUAGAAUAUAAUAUUGUAAAUUACAAGUAAAUUAAAUAUAACUCAUUUUUUGGACUACUA